GUGAAGCUAGAGUUCCUGUAAAAUCUGACAAUAUUUCAGAUUCAAUCUUUUUGCUGAGUUUACUAACCUAUAUUAGGAAAACUGUUAAUGAAAACUUAAUGAUAUUAAAAGAAAUCAAAAAAGAAAUUGAAAGAAUUAAAUCAGAUUCCUCUUCUCUUGAAAAAAUUAAUUUGGCAAGAGAUUUCCUUGAGAAGACUGUCCAUACAACGCCAUCAACACCUCUAAAAU